ACGGGCAUCUUCGCGACGACGAUCCACACGCAGGACUUCAAGGACGUUGACGGCGACCGAGCCAUCGGCCGGCAAACGAUCCCGAUCGUCUUCGGGGCCGCUGCGCGCUGGACGGUGAUCGUGCCGCUGGUGCUCUGGUCGGUCGGGCUCUCCGUGUUCUGGGGCCUUAGCAUCGUGGCGGGUGCGGCUGUCACCGCGCUUUCGGUGUAUGUGGGUGUGCUCUAUCUCAAGGGGAAGACGAUACAUGAGUAUCAGGUGGCCUUUUACUGGUACAACGUCUGGCUGUCUACCGCACACGCGCUCCCUGCGUAUUGUCGGCUCUUCAGUGAGCCGUACUAUGCACUGGGUGCUUGA